AUGAGGAUAGUUCAAAUGCUGUUACAACAAUCACUGAGUCAUAGAGUAGUGCAUUCACCCAGUUACGCACUUAAAAAUAAGGGAAUAUCAAGACUAGGAGGUCUUGGAGGAACAACUUACAAAGGACUGGAAGGUGGUUCUUUUUAUGAAGGCGUUGACCUUACUAGUGCUACUGUAUGUCAGAGAGAACCAACUAUUAACAGACUGCUUGAAUGUCUGUUUAAAGAACGCAUUAUUCUAAUUAGAUCACCACCAAUGACAGGAAAAACAUCUCUUGGACAACUAUUUGAGGCCAAGUUGCUCCAAUUAGAUGAAGUGCAGAAUGGAUCAGCUUGUGUUUUUCGCAUUUCAUUGAUCUGGAUGGAAAACUUGAUUGAUCCUUCGUGGACAUUUGUGGAUGGAUUUCAAAUGCUUAUGAAUAUGACAUGGAAUGAGUUUCUCCAGCAAUGUGGUGAUAAAAAAACAUAUUUGAUUAUCGAUGAAGUGCAAAAAAUAUAUAGGAAAAUGAGUGGAGAACCUAGUCAUGGUGGAAGUGUAUUUUGGGAUGCAUUUAAGCGCAUAAUGCAAAACUUACAGCUUUUCAUUGUAGUGUUGGCCUCAUAUGGUCACUAUGGUGCUUAUGCUACUCGUGGAAAACGUUCAGACAUGGACAUUUCACCACUUAAUAAUCUUACUACAAAAAACAAAUGGGGAUAUAAAGAUAUUUGCUAUACCAAAGAAGAAUUUAGGGUUUAUUUUGACCAAUUUUGUGAAGCACAUCUUAAAGAAAAAUUGGUAAAAGAUGACAUUCCAUAUCUUUUUAACUAUUUGUCUAAAAUAACAGCUUAUCAUCCAGGUCUAAUUGCUUACACUAUGGAUCACAUUCGUGAAAGAUUUACCAAAAAAGACAGUAAUUCUUUAUCUUUUGAUAUAAUUUUUUCUUAUCUGAAAUCUCAUGAUUUUAAUAAUUACCUCAAGACUAUCCGUGCAUUUUAUCCAACUUCUGAUCUUUCAUAUGAAGAAAGAAGAAUUGUUGAUGCUGUACUCUUCAAAAAAGGGGGUCUUGAUUAUGAAACAGAGAAAAUUCUAAAUGAUGGUCGACUUCUUAAGACCAAUGCACUUGUUGAUACAAGUUCAAAUGAAUCACAUAUUGCACUGCUUGAUUUUCCAGCACCAUUGCUUCGAGUAACAUACCUUCAAAACCGUUUUGGUGCAAUAAGCCGACCUAAAUCACCUCCUAGUACAUUCAAUGAAUUUAUCAAAUUAGUUUUUGCAAAAAUGAAUCCAAAAAUAUUGCAAAAAAGUAAAGGCAGAGGCACAGAUGGCCGUCUUCUUGAACGUGUCUGGCAAAUGGAAUUUUACCGUGCCUCAAUGCAGGUUUUAUCUAGAGAUACUUAUGCUUCCGUAGAUGCUGGAGCAUGCUUUGGAUCGAAGGGUUACAUAGACUUUUAUGUAAAUGACAAGAAAACAUGGGCAAUUGAACUAUUAAGAGAUGGAAAUAGACAGCUAGAACAUCAACAAAGGUUUGAAGAAGGUGGUAUAUAUGUCCCUAUUCUUAAACAUGCACUUAUUGAUAUUCGUAAUAGUGGAAUGGAUGCUCCAGAGCCAGAGCAACAUAAAAAGCAUGAUAUAUAUGUUCUCUGUGCUGAAACUUUGAAUCUGUUCAAUUGA